AGCAGGUGGAAUACUAUGCAAACUGCACUACACAGAAGAUUUAACUCUGUCUUCUAGCAUGGGGACACCCUGGCUCUUACAAUACAUUUUAAUUUUACUCUGUAUUUCAGUGCUGAAUACCACAGGGAUCAAGCAAAGGCCAAGAGGUGGCUUGAGGACAUGGGAUCCUGAAACAGCUUACCUCACCAGAUGUGAUUUUAACAAUAACUCAAGGCCGUUCUGUGACUGGACCCAGCCUUGCAAUGUCAACCAGGGAAUGUGGAUACGAACCAAGCAUGACACUCCAACUGAUGGAACAGGUCCUGAUGGAGAUUAUCCUGAUGGAAAAGGUUAUUUCAUCUACCAAGAAGCGAGUAAUCUGAUUCCCUUCGACACUAACAGGCUGGAGAGCCCAGAUACUGUAGUUUCUGGAAAAAUAUGCAUAGACUUCUGGUACUACAUGUUUGGAUCAGAAGAGAUGAAUGAGCUGAGAGUGCUUGUCCAAGAUGGCUCAGGGGAGUCUGUGGUGUGGCAUCGGAAGGGAAACCAGAGUUCCUUGUGGAAAUAUGGUGCCGUCACUCACACUUUUCCAACACAGAGGAAGAUAAAGGUAAUUUUUGAGGCUGUCCGAGGACUGACAGAGUAUGGGGAUACAGCACUGGACAAUGUGAGAGUAAGGGAUGGACCCUGUGAAGCUGUCCCUACACCUGUACCACCAACACCUACACCAACAGACCCUACACCAGCUCCAGUGACAGAAGCUAUUUGCAGUAUACAUGGGGAUCCCCACUACAACACCUUUGACAAGCAGCGUCAUGACUUCAUGGGCACCUGCACCUACACCCUCUCCAAGCUGUGUGAGAGCAACAGCUCCCUGCCCUACUUCAACGUGGAAGCAGCCAACGAGCACAGGGGAGGCAACACCCGUGUGUCCUAUGUCCAAUAUGUGGAUGUUGAUGUCUACGGCUACAGGAUCAACCUUGGUCAAAAAAGAGCUGUUAAGGUCAAUGGAGUCAGCCAGGUGGUCCCUGUGACCUUGGUCCCAGGUGUCAGUAUUUCCCUCAGCGGGCAGUAUGUUGUGGUUACUACUGACUUUGGGCUGCAAGUCAAGUUUGAUGGAAACCACAGAGCAGAAAUCACUCUUCCCAGUACCUAUAUGUCUAAAGUCUGUGGAAUAUGUGGAAAUUACAACGGGCAAAAAGCAGAUGACUUUCUCAACCCAGAUGGAGAGAUGGAAGCAAACUCAACCAGCCUUGGCAACAGUUGGCAGGUUUACAACGACUCCAGGUGCUCACCAGAUUACGGUCAUACUCCAAACUGCACUGAUGAUGAAAAACACAUGAUCCAAAGCAAUGCAUACUGUGGUCUGAUCACAGAUCCAAGUGGUCCAUUCCAGAACUGCCAUGCAGUGGUCGAUCCACGGAGUUAUUUUGAAGAUUGCCAGUAUGAUCUCUGUGAACUUCACUUGAACAAUGCAGCCCUCUGUGAAAGCCUACAGGCUUAUGCAGACGUGUGCCAAACUGCAGGAGUCCAGCUGGCACCGUGGAGAAAUGCAACCUUUUGCCCACUGUCCUGUGCAGCCAACAGUCACUACGAGCCCUGUGCUGCAGCCUGCCCUGCCACCUGUGUUGACCCCACAGCUCCCUACAACUGCAGCCUGCCGUGCGUGGAGGGCUGUGUGUGUGACAGCGGCUACCUGCUCUACAAUGACCGCUGCGUGCCCAGCCAGCAGUGCGGGUGCUGGCACAACGGGAAGCACUACCCCGUGGGCUCCGAGUUCUGGACGGACAACACCUGCUCCUCCAAGUGCACCUGUCCCGCACGGGGAAGCAAAGUGCAGUGCUUCAAUGCCUCCUGCCCUGCGGGCCAGUACUGCGGGGUGCAGAACGGGAAACCUGUGUGCCUGGAACACUCCUACGGCAUCUGCCACGUCCACGGGGACCCCCACUACCAAACCUUUGACAAGGUGACGCACAACUUCAUGGGCAACUGCACCUACACCCUGGCCAAAGUGUGCUCCAACACCACCUCCCUGCCCUACUUCAACGUGGAGGCCAAGAACGAGCACCGUGGCAGCACCCGAGUGUCCUACGUGCGCGAAGUCGCGGUUGAGGUGUACGGACAGCGCAUUGUCAUCCUCAAGCAGCAGAAGAGCCACGUGCUGGUGAACAACGUGCGCCAGACGUUGCCAGUGAGUGCAGCGGGAGGGGCCAUCACGGUGAGCAAGAGCGGUCGCUACAUCGUCCUGGAGACAGACUUCAGCCUCAGAGUGUCCUACGACGCUGACCACUCGGUGGAGGUGAAGGUGCCCACCACCUACUUCAACCUGACCUGUGGCAUAUGUGGCAACUUCAACAACCGCAGAGAUGACGAAUACAUGAUGCCCAAUGGACAGCAAGCCGCAGACUCCAAUGCUCUGGGGGAGAGCUGGCAGGUGCCAGACAGUGACCCCUCCUGCGGUGUCCCCGUGCCCUCCCCACCCUGCAGUGCAGAAGAGGAGAAGCUCUACCGGUCUGACCAGUUCUGUGGCAUCCUGACCACCAGGCCUAGCUCUUUUGAGAGAUGCCAUGGCGUCAUCAACCCCCAGGACUACUUUGACACCUGCUUGUACGACCUGUGUGCCCUGAACGGUGGCCAGGAGUUCCUGUGUGCUGCUCUGGAGGCCUAUGCUGACGCGUGCCAGGCAGCUGGGGUGACUCUUCUUCCCUGGAGGAAUGCUACCUUCUGCCCUGUUGCAUGCCCUACAAAUAGUCAUUACAAUCCGUGCACCAGUGCUUGUCCAGCAACCUGCACUGACCCUCUUGCAUCACAGAACUGCAGCAGACCUUGUGUAGAAGGAUGUGAAUGCAACAGUGGCUUUGUCCUCAGCGGAGGACAGUGUGUGUCCAUAAGCAACUGUGGCUGCCUUCAGAAUGGCAAAUAUUAUGAGAAAGGAGAAUCUUUUUGGCAACCAGACUGUGUAGGCCAAUGUGUAUGUACUGGAAAUGGAACUGUAGUUUGCAAUUCAGACGCAUGUGAAGUAAGCGAAGUUUGCAAGGUGCAGAAUGGACUCCUGGGGUGUUAUCCAUUGAAUCCCAGCAUCUGCCACAUUUUUGGGGAUCCACAUUAUAUAACCUUUGAUGGGAGACUGUACCAUUUCCAAGGAGACUGCAAUUAUACUGUUGUUGAGAGAUGCACAAAUUCUUCUGAAAAGUUCACAGUGACAACCAGAAAUGAACAUAGAGGAAAUCCAAACUGGACAGCCUUGAACUCAGUUGCUGUCACACUGAAAAAUCUGCACAUUGUUUUGAAGAAAAACAAAGAGACCUAUGUGAAUGGAGGUCAGGUUCAUCUUCCUGUGGAUUUGAACCAUGAAGCCAGAAUAUCCAUACAAGGACAUUACAUAGUCAUUGAUACCUCUCUAGGGAUCCAGGUUAAGUUUGAUGGUGACCAGGAGCUUUUCAUUCUGGUUGAUGAAAGUCUCAAAGGACAGCUGUGUGGUCUCUGUGGGACAUUCAAUGACAACCAACUGGAUGACUUUUUAAACCCAGAUAAAGUCCUAGAACAGGAUCCAAAUAAAUUUGGUGACAGCUGGAUAGUGAAGGAUGACAACAGGACGUGUAAUCAAGUUUCAGUUGUACCACCUGCUUGUGAUGCAGAAAAAGAGAAAGAAUAUGAAGAACUCUGCAAAAUUAUUUUGAAAACUGGUGGACCUUUUCAGUCCUGCCAUUCACACAUUCCCCCACAACUGUACUUUGAGAGCUGUGUCUAUGAUCUGUGUGCCACAGAGGGGGAUUCUGAUCAGUACUGCAAGAUUUUAGAGGCAUACGCCGCUGCCUGUGAAGCUGAAGGUGUAAAUCUGGGUGAAUGGAGGGAGGACACCAUCUGUGCUGCACCAACAGCCUGCAAUAUGUCGUGUACAUUUGAGGUUGACUUCUGUGAGUGGAAACAGCAAACUAAUGAUGACUUUGACUGGAUAAGGCACAAGGGACCGACACCCACACCUAAUACUGGCCCUUCCCAUGACCACACAACUGGAGAGGGCUAUUAUAUCUACCUGCAAGGAAGCAAGCAAAAGCCAGCUGAUGUAGCCCGCUUGGUCAGUCCAGUGUGCAGUUCAGAAGGACUUCACUGCUUCCGCUUCUGGUAUCACAUGUAUGGAGCAGCUGAAGCUAUGGCUCUGCGUGUGUAUGUAGUUCACAAUGAGACAUCAACGCUGGAAUGGAAAGAUGGUGGAAACAAAGGGGACAGAUGGAACUUGGGAGAAGUCACGGUACACAGCAGAGGCAAUAUGCAGAUUGUCCUGGAGGGCAUGAUCGGUGAAGAUCUCAAGAGUGAUGUAGCUUUGGAUGAUCUGUCCAUUGUAAAGGGACAAUGCACAGAUUUUACUCCACCAACACCAGGACCCACAAUCACAACACCAUCAGAAGAGACACCCACAUCAAUGCCCAUGACAGAUUCAGGCACCUGCGUGGUGGAAGGAGACCCUCACUACCACACAUUUGACAAGCAGUUACACCAUUUCAUGGGCACCUGCACCUACACCCUCUCCAAGCUGUGUGAGAGCAACAGCUCCCUGCCCUACUUCAAUGUGGAAGCGGCCAACGAGCACAGGGGAGGCAACACCCGUGUGUCCUACGUCCGAUACGUGGAUGUCGACGUGGCUGACCAGAGGAUAAGGCUGGGACAGGGUGGAGUGGUGACGGUCAAUGGAGUGGAAGAGAUCCUGCCUUGCAGCCCAUCUGCGGGCGUGCAGGUCUUGUCCAGCGGGUUCUACACCAUGCUCAUGACAGACUUUGGCUUGAGAGUCAAGUUUGACGGGAAGCAUCGGGUGGAGGUGACGCUUCCGAGCACCUUUGGGCAGAAGGUUUGUGGCAUGUGUGGCAACUACAACGGGAUAGCAGCAGAUGACUUCCAGAACCCAGAAGGGACAAUGGAGCCAGAUUCCACCAGCCUGGGCAACAGUUGGGAAGUGUCCAACAACAGCAGCUGCUCAGCCGGACCUCUGCCCACCCCAGCCUGCAGUGAAACUGACAAGGAACUCAUCAGCAGCAGCCACUUCUGUGGGCUCCUCACUGACACCAGCGGCCCGUUUAAGGUGUGCCACGCUUUGCUGAGCCCCAGCAGCUACUUUGACACCUGCAGCUAUGACCUGUGUGAGCUGGGGCUGGACCGCGAGACCCUGUGCAAGAGUUUGCAGUCCUAUGCAGAUGCCUGCCAGUCACUCGGUGUCCAGAUACCUGUGUGGAGGAAUGCAACCUUCUGCCCAAUCACUUGUCCGGCCAACAGUCACUACGAGCCCUGUGCUGCAGCCUGCCCUGCCACCUGUGUUGACCCAAUGGCUCCUGUUACCUGCAGCCUGCCGUGCGUGGAGGGCUGUGUGUGUGACGGCGGCUACCUGCUCUACAAUGACCGCUGCGUGCCCAGCCAGCAGUGCGGGUGCUGGCACAACGGGAAGCACUACCCCGUGGGCUCCGAGUUCUGGACGGACAACACCUGCUCCUCCAAGUGCACCUGUCCCGCACGGGGAAGCAAAGUGCAGUGCUUCAAUGCCUCCUGCCCUGCGGGCCAGUACUGCGGGGUGCAGAACGGGAAACCUGUGUGCCUGGAACACUCCUACGGCAUCUGCCACGUCCACGGGGACCCCCACUACCAAACCUUUGACAAGGUGACGCACAACUUCAUGGGCAACUGCACCUACACCCUGGCCAAAGUGUGCUCCAACACCACCUCCCUGCCCUACUUCAACGUGGAGGCCAAGAACGAGCACCGUGGCAGCACCCGAGUGUCCUACGUGCGCGAAGUCGCGGUUGAGGUGUACGGACAGCGCAUUGUCAUCCUCAAGCAGCAGAAGAGCCACGUGCUGGUGAACAACGUGCGCCAGACGUUGCCGGUGAGUGCAGCGGGAGGGGCCAUCACGGUGAGCAAGAGCGGUCGCUACAUCGUCCUGGAGACAGACUUCAGCCUCAGAGUGUCCUACGACGCUGACCACUCGGUGGAGGUGAAGGUGCCCACCACCUACUUCAACCUGACCUGUGGCAUGUGUGGCAACUUCAACAACCGCAGAGAUGAUGAAUACAUGAUGCCCAAUGGACAGCAAGCCGCAGACUCAAAUGCUCUGGGGGAGAGCUGGCAAGUGCCAGACAGUGACCCCUCCUGCGGUGUCCCCGUGCCCUCCCCACCCUGCAGUGCAGAAGAGGAGAAGCUCUACCGGUCUGACCAGUUCUGUGGCAUCCUGACCACCAGGCCUAGCUCUUUUGAGAGAUGCCAUGGCGUCAUCAACCCCCAGGACUACUUUGACACCUGCUUGUACGACCUGUGUGCCCUGAACGGUGGCCAGGAGUUCCUGUGUGCUGCUCUGGAGGCCUAUGCUGACGCGUGCCAGGCAGCUGGGGUGACUCUUCUUCCCUGGAGGAAUUCUACCUUCUGCCCCCUGCAGUGUCCUCCCAACAGCUACUAUCACCCCUGCAUGACCAGCUGUCCUGCCACCUGUGUUGACCAACAAGCCCCACAGAACUGCUCCAAGCCUUGUGUGGAGGGCUGUGCAUGUAGCUCUGGCUUCCUCCUGAGUGGAGACACCUGUGUGCCCGAGGCCAACUGCGGCUGCCACUUUGAGGGCAACUACUAUACUGAGGGCGAAUCCUCCGUGAAUGAGAACUGCACUCGCCGGUGCCGGUGUGAAUCCAAAGGCCACAUGGUUUGCUCUGCCCUGUCCUGUGGCGAGGACGAGGUCUGCAAGAUCCAGGAUGGCCAGAGGGGCUGUUACCCAGCCAGCACCGCCGUCUGCCACAUCUACGGUGACCCACAUUACAGCACCUUUGAUGGGAAGCUCCACCACUUCCAGGGCUCCUGCAACUACACAGUGGUGACGGGCUGUGACAACUCCUCCGUUGGCUUCAGUGUCACCACCCGCAACAAACAUCGCGGCAGCCAGAGCUGGACAGCUCUGAACUCUGUGGCGCUGUCUCUCGAAGGCCUCCACAUUGCACUGCGCGAGCACAAGGCAGUCUAUAUCAACGGUGCCCUGGUCUCCCUGCCUGCUUCUCCUGCCCCCGGCGUGACCAUUUCCCUGAGCGGCUCCUACGUGCGGGUUUCUACCAAGCUGGGCCUGCAGCUGCAGUUCAAUGGGGACCAUGAGCUCCUGGUGAAGGUGUCUGAGAAGUACAAGGGCAAACUCUGUGGGCUGUGUGGGACGUACACUGGGAGCCAGCAGGACGACUUCAUGCGACCCGAUGGGGUGGUUGUACCUGACUUCAACGACUUUGGAACCAGCUGGAUGGUGCCGGAUGAUGAGUGGCCGUGUGACCCAGCCAUCAGCCCACCUGCAUCCUGCUCCCCUGCUGAAGAGGAGGCAGCUAACCAGCAGUGUUCAAUCCUCACACACCUCGGUGGCCCCUUCCAGCCGUGCCAUGCAGUUCUGCCACCCAAGACAUACUUUGAGAGCUGUGUCUAUGACCAGUGUGCCACGGGUGGCAGCACGCAGCAGCUCUGCAAUGACCUGGGGGCCUAUGCUGCAGCCUGUGCUGAGGCAGGCGUUGCUCUGGGAGACUGGAGUGCUGGCACUGUCUGUGGCACUACAACGCCGCCUCCACAUACAACAACAUCACCGCCACCUGGGACGAGCACAGCUCCACCAACAGACUGCAAUUUUGCCUGCACUUUUGACGACGACUUCUGCGGGUGGGUCCAGGCAGAUUACAGCAGCAUUGACUGGAUAAGGAACAAAGGCCCCACGCCCACGCCAAACACUGGCCCAUCCUCUGACCACACAACAGGAGAUGGCUACUACAUCUUCCUGCAAGGGAGUGCUGAUACUCUGCCUGGUUUUGUGGCUCGCCUGGUCAGUCCAGUGUGCAGCUGGGAAGGAACACUCUGCUUCCGCUUCUGGUACCACAUGUACGGAACUGCUCAAACAAUGGCCCUGCGGGUGUACGUGCAGAAGGAUGAUGAGCAAGUGGUGGUCUGGGAAGAAGUUGGGAACCAUGGAGACAGGUGGCACUUGGGAGAGGUCACAGUGCACACCACAGGAAACAUGCAGAUUCUGCUGGACGGAGAAUGGGGUGAAGAUGUGCGCAGCAACAUAGCAUUGGAUGAUGUGUCCGUUGUAAAGGGAUCCUGUGCAGGUCCAUCGACACCAACACCCACGGUCCCCCUGCCAGGUACCACAACACAGCCUGUAAUCACCACCUCACCAACCAGUCCCACUCCGAGCUCAGGUCCAUCGACACCAACACCCACGGUCCCCCUGCCAGGUACCACAACACAGCCUGUAAUCACCACCUCACCAACCAGUCCCACUCCGAGCUCAGGUCCAUCGACACCAACACCCACGGUCCCCCUGCCAGGUACCACAACACAGCCUGUAAUCACCACCUCACCAACCAGUCCCACUCCGAGCUCAGGUCCAUCGACACCAACACCCACGGUCCCCCUGCCAGGUACCACAACACAGCCUGUAAUCACCACCUCACCAACCAGUCCUACUCCGAGCUCAGGUCCACUUCCUACUACACCUCCUCCUCUGCUGCCUAACAUUACAACACAGUCAACACCAAGACCAACAACAACACCUGGAACGACCUCAGGCACCUGCGUGGUGGAAGGAGACCCUCACUACCACACAUUUGACAAGCAGUUACACCAUUUCAUGGGCACCUGCACCUACACCCUCUCCAAGCUGUGUGAGAGCAACAGCUCCCUGCCCUACUUCAAUGUGGAAGCGGCCAACGAGCACAGGGGAGGCAACACCCGUGUGUCCUACGUCCGAUACGUGGAUGUCGACGUGGCUGACCAGAGGAUAAGGCUGGGACAGGGUGGAGUGGUGACGGUCAAUGGAGUGGAAGAGAUCCUGCCUUGCAGCCCAUCUGCGGGCGUGCAGGUCUUGUCCAGCGGGUUCUACACCAUGCUCAUGACAGACUUUGGCUUGAGAGUCAAGUUUGACGGGAAGCAUCGGGUGGAGGUGACGCUUCCGAGCACCUUUGGGCAGAAGGUUUGUGGCAUGUGUGGCAACUACAACGGGAUAGCAGCAGAUGACUUCCAGAACCCAGAAGGGACAAUGGAGCCAGAUUCCACCAGCCUGGGCAACAGUUGGGAAGUGUCCAACAACAGCAGCUGCUCAGCCGGACCUCUGCCCACCCCAGCCUGCAGUGAAACCGACAAGGAACUCAUCAGCAGCAGCCACUUCUGUGGGCUCCUCACUGACACCAGCAGCCCGUUUAAGGUGUGCCACGCUGUGCUGAGCCCCAGCAGCUACUUUGACACCUGCAGCUAUGACCUGUGUGAGCUGGGGCUGGACCGCGAGACCCUGUGCAAGAGUUUGCAGUCCUAUGCAGAUGCCUGCCAGUCACUCGGUGUCCAGAUACCUGUGUGGAGGAAUGCAACCUUCUGCCCAAUCACUUGUCCGGCCAACAGUCACUACGAGCCCUGUGCUGCAGCCUGCCCUGCCACCUGUGUUGACCCCACAGCUCCCUACAACUGCAGCCUGCCGUGCGUGGAGGGCUGUGUGUGCGACAGCGGCUACCUGCUCUACAAUGACCGCUGCGUGCCCAGCCAGCAGUGCGGGUGCUGGCACAACGGGAAGCACUACCCCGUGGGCUCCGAGUUCUGGACGGACAACACCUGCUCCUCCAAGUGCACCUGUCCCGCACGGGGAAGCAAAGUGCAGUGCUUCAAUGCCUCCUGCCCUGCGGGCCAGUACUGCGGGGUGCAGAACGGGAAACCUGUGUGCCUGGAACACUCCUACGGCAUCUGCCACGUCCACGGGGACCCCCACUACCAAACCUUUGACAAGGUGACGCACAACUUCAUGGGCAACUGCACCUACACCCUGGCCAAAGUGUGCUCCAACACCACCUCCCUGCCCUACUUCAACGUGGAGGCCAAGAACGAGCACCGUGGCAGCACCCGAGUGUCCUACGUGCGCGAAGUCGCAGUUGAGGUGUACGGACAGCGCAUUGUCAUCCUUAAGCAGCAGAAGAGCCACGUGCUGGUGAACAACGUGCGCCAGACGUUGCCGGUGAGUGCAGCGGGAGGGGCCAUCACGGUGAGCAAGAGCGGUCGCUACAUCGUCCUGGAGACAGACUUCAGCCUCAGAGUGUCCUACGACGCUGACCACUCGGUGGAGGUGAAGGUGCCCACCACCUACUUCAACCUGACCUGUGGCAUGUGUGGCAACUUCAACAACCGCAGAGAUGACGAAUACAUGAUGCCCAAUGGACAGCAAGCCGCAGACUCCAAUGCUCUGGGGGAGAGCUGGCAGGUGCCAGACAGUGACCCCUCCUGCGGUGUCCCCGUGCCCUCCCCACCCUGCAGUGCAGAAGAGGAGAAGCUCUACCGGUCUGACCAGUUCUGUGGCAUCCUGACCACCAGGCCUAGCUCUUUUGAGAGAUGCCAUGGCGUCAUCAACCCCCAGGACUACUUUGACACCUGCUUGUACGACCUGUGUGCCCUGAACGGUGGCCAGGAGUUCCUGUGUGCUGCUCUGGAGGCCUAUGCUGACGCGUGCCAGGCAGCUGGGGUGACUCUUCUUCCCUGGAGGAAUUCUACCUUCUGCCCCCUGCAGUGUCCUCCCAACAGCUACUAUCACCCCUGCAUGACCGGCUGUCCUGCCACCUGUGUCGACCAACAAGCCCCACAGAACUGCUCCAAGCCUUGUGUGGAGGGCUGUGCAUGUAGCUCUGGCUUCCUCCUGAGUGGAGACACCUGUGUGCCCGAGGCCAACUGCGGCUGCCACUUUGAGGGCAACUACUAUACUGAGGGCGAAUCCUCCGUGAAUGAGAACUGCACUCGCCGGUGCCGGUGUGAAUCCAAAGGCCACAUGGUUUGCUCUGCCCUGUCCUGUGGCGAGGACGAGGUCUGCAAGAUCCAGGAUGGCCAGAGGGGCUGUUACCCAGCCAGCACCGCCGUCUGCCACAUCUACGGUGACCCACAUUACAGCACCUUUGAUGGGAAGCUCCACCACUUCCAGGGCUCCUGCAACUACACAGUGGUGACGGGCUGUGACAACUCCUCCGUUGGCUUCAGUGUCACCACCCGCAACAAACAUCGCGGCAGCCAGAGCUGGACAGCUCUGAACUCUGUGGCCCUGUCCCUCAAAGGCCUCCACAUUGCACUGCGCGAGCACAAGGCAGUCUACAUCAACGGUGCCCUGGUCUCCCUGCCUGCUUCUCCUGCCCCCGGCGUGACCAUUUCCCUGAGCGGCUCCUACGUGCGGGUUUCUACCAAGCUGGGCCUGCAGCUGCAGUUCAAUGGGGACCAUGAGCUCCUGGUGAAGGUGUCUGAGAAGUACAAGGGCAAACUCUGUGGGCUGUGUGGGACGUACACUGGGAGCCAGCAGGACGACUUCAUGCGACCCGAUGGGGUGGUUGUACCUGACUUCAACGACUUUGGAACCAGCUGGAUGGUGCCGGAUGAUGAGUGGCCGUGUGACCCAGCCAUCAGCCCACCUGCAUCCUGCUCCCCUGCUGAAGAGGAGGCAGCUAACCAGCAGUGUUCAAUCCUCACACACCUCGGUGGCCCCUUCCAGCCGUGCCAUGCAGUUCUGCCACCCAAGACAUACUUUGAGAGCUGUGUCUAUGACCAGUGUGCCACGGGUGGCAGCACGCAGCAGCUCUGCAAUGACCUGGGGGCCUAUGCUGCAGCCUGUGCUGAGGCAGGCGUUGCUCUGGGAGACUGGAGUGCUGGCACUGUCUGUGGCACUACAACGCCGCCUCCACAUACAACAACAUCACCGCCACCUGGGAUGAGCACAGCUCCACCAACAGACUGCAAUUUUGCCUGCACUUUUGACGACGACUUCUGCGGGUGGGUCCAGGCAGAUUACAGCAGCAUUGACUGGAUAAGGAACAAAGGCCCCACGCCCACGCCAAACACUGGCCCAUCCUCUGACCACACAACAGGAGAUGGCUACUACAUCUUCCUGCAAGGGAGUGCUGAUACUCUGCCUGGUUUUGUGGCUCGCCUGGUCAGUCCAGUGUGCAGCUGGGAAGGAACACUCUGCUUCCGCUUCUGGUACCACAUGUACGGAACUGCUCAAACAAUGGCCCUGCGGGUGUACGUGCAGAAGGAUGAUGAGCAAGUGGUGGUCUGGGAAGAAGUUGGGAACCAUGGAGACAGGUGGCACUUGGGAGAGGUCACAGUGCACACCACAGGAAACAUGCAGAUUCUGCUGGACGGAGAAUGGGGUGAAGAUGUGCGCAGCAACAUAGCAUUGGAUGAUGUGUCCGUUGUAAAGGGAUCCUGUGCAGGUCCAUCGACACCAACACCCACGGUCCCCCUGCCAGGUACCACAACACAGCCUGUAAUCACCACCUCACCAACCAGACCCACUCCGAGCUCAGGUCGUGCUUCCUGCACUGCCUCUGGGGACCCACAUUACAACACUUAUGACCACAAAGUCCAUAAUUUCAUGGGAAAUUGCACUUACACCCUCUCCAAAGUGUGCACUGCCUCUGAGAGUUUUCCAUACUUCGAUGUGUCUACAACAAAUGAGCACAGAGGAGCCAACACCAAAGUCUCUUAUGUGAAGUCAGUGCACGUGGAAGUCUACAGCAAUCAGAUUUCUCUGCUGAAAAACAAGAAAGUGAAUGUGAAUGGUCACAGAAUGAACUUGCCUGUAUUUAUUGAAAAGAAGAUCAGUAUUCAAAGCAGUGGUGGAUAUGUUCUCUUGGAAACUGACUUUGGACUGUGGGUGAGAUAUGAUGGAAAUCACUAUGCAGAAGUCUCUGUGCCCUCUAAUUACAGUGGUCUGCUCUGUGGCCUCUGUGGUAAUUAUAAUGGUGAUCCAAAUGAUGAUAAUAUCAAGUCCAAUGGUGACAUUGCAAGUGACUCCACUGAUCUUGGAGAAAGCUGGCUGGUGCCUGAGAAUAACACCAUAUGCUCCAAUGGUGGGAAAGAAGAGCAAUGUGAUCCUGAUCUGGAAAGUGAAGCAAAGAAAAACACAGCAUGUGGCAUGAUCACAGACCCAGCAGGAAUCUUCAAGGACUGUCACAGCAAGGUGCCUCCACAGAAUUUCUUUGAAAACUGUGUUUAUGACAUGUGUUUCACUGGAGGACAGGCAACAUCCUUAUGCUACGGACUGCAGGCCUAUGCUGAGUCGUGUGUCAAUGCUGGGAUAUGCAUAGAGUGGAGGAAUGCUACUCUUUGCCCAAUGUCCUGUCCUGGAGGCAGCAUCUACAAGAGCUGUGGUACUAGGUGUCCCUCUACCUGUUUGAACAUGUCAGCAGUUGAUUCCUGCAGUUCUUUGCCAGUGGAAGGUUGCUUCUGUAAGGAAGGCUAUGUUUUGAGUGGAGACAAAUGCGUGCCAGAAAGCAACUGUGGUUGUAUUGAUGAAAAAAACCAGUAUCACCAGCUGAAUGAAAGCUGGUUUCCCCGUUACCCCUGCAAUGAGCGCUGCACCUGCAAGGCCAAUAACAUCAUUGAGUGCAAAUCCUGGGAGUGUGGAGUCCAAGAGGAGUGCAGUGUUCAGGAUGGUGUGCUGGGCUGUCAUUCCAAUGGUCAAGCAAUAUGUCAAGUGGUAGGAGAUCCCCAUUAUUUCACUUUUGAUGGAAUGAAGUACACUUUUGUGGGAACCUGCACCUACACUUUGGUUGAGGUUGUCAACACUGCCACCAAUGUCAUUCCUAUAACCAUACUUGGCAAGAAUGAAGACAGAGGACUAAGAGGAGCCACAUACCUGAAAGAAGUCUACAUUGAUGUGCAUGGUGUACGCAUCACCCUUCAGAAAAACCAAGGAAUCUUGCUGAACAAUGAGAGAGUCUACACUCCAGUGCAGAACCGACUGCAAGGCGUGUCCAUUGGAAAUGUUGGCAGAUUUAUAGUAGUGGAAACUGACUUUGGUGUGAUAGUGAAAUAUGAUGGCAAUCACCAUCUGGAAAUCACCCUCCCACGCUCUUAUUUCUCACAGGUGCACGGCAUGUGUGGCAAUUUCAAUGGUAAUCGUGAAGAUGAUCUGUCCUUGACCAAUGGUACAAUUGUCACUGCCCCACAGUUUGGAAAUAGCUGGGAAGCGGAGAAAGACAGUGAUAAGGGUUGUUUGCCAGACUUAAGAGAAGAUGAUGAGCCUCCUUGCACUGCUGAGAAUAAACAAGUCAUUGAAAGACAGUGCAAUGUUCUAAAAUCAGACAAAUUCAAAGUGUGCCAUAGUCUAGUGAACCCUGACGACUUCAUAGAGAUCUGCAUCUAUGAUAUGUGCCAGUAUGAUGGCAUGAAGUCUGCUCUCUGUGACAUAGUUCAAGUCUAUGUGGACACCUGCAAGAAUCAUGGAAUCACCAUUAAAUGGAGGAAUAGCACAUUCUGUCCAUUGCCCUGCCCAUCCCGGAGCCACUACGAAGACUGUGUCUCUGCCUGCCCAUCAACGUGCAGUGACAUUUUUGCCUCUUCCCUUUGUGAGAAGACAGAAGAGUGCACAGAGGGCUGUGAAUGUGAUGAUAAUUAUGUGCUCAGCAAUGGCAACUGUGUGCCUCUCAGCAGUUGUGGCUGCAGGGAUGAUGACAACAAUUACUACAGUGCUGGGGAGACAUGGAUAACUCCACACUGCACCAAAAGAUGCCAGUGCCAGAAGAACGGUGUCAUCAGUUGCAGGAGCUACAGCUGUGAUUCUAGAGAAACCUGUGUGAUCAAAGAUGGAAAACACAAGUGCAAUCCAACAGGUUUUGGGAGAUGCCAGAUCAUGGGCGACCCACACUACAUCACCUUUGACGGGCUGGUGCACCACUUCCAAGGGAAAUACACGUAUAUUCUGGCUCAGAGCAUCCCUGACCUGCCUGACACUCUGACACAGUUCAGCAUUGAGGGCAUGAACUAUCCUUUACGUGGAAGUCGGCACAUUACUUACCUGAAAGAGAUGCUCAUCAAUGUUUACAACCACACAGUGAGAUUCAGGCAGAACAAGCAGGUUCUGUUGGAUGGUGUGAGAGUGAGGCCCCCUGUUCGACCUCAUGAAGGUAUUCGUAUAUAUCAGAGGACAACAAGAAUUUACCUGGAGACAGAUUUUGGCUUGUACUUGAGCUUUGAUGGCCAUCAAAAUGCAGACAUAAAGCUGGCUACCACCUACAGAAGCAGAGUAGAAGGUCUGUGUGGUGACUUUGAUGGGAGAUACAGAAAUGACUUCAAAAACCCAGAUGGUGUUUGGGUGAGGAAUGUGAAUGUAUUUGGUGAAAGCUGGAAAGUUCCUCUGAAAAGAAGCUCUCGUCUCAGACGAGAUGUCAACUCAGAAAAUGAGGCUGAAGAGGAACCAGAUCCAGGGCUUUUCCAAGGUUGCAAUGAAAAUCAGCUGCAGCAGCAAAACACAACUUCAAAGUGUCAAAUCCUGACUAACUUGAAUGGUCCUUUUGCCAAGUGUCAUUCUGCAGUCCAACCAGACUUCUAUUUCACGAGCUGCCUGUUUGAUAUGUGUGUGGAAGGAGAUGAGGUUGCUAUCUUAUGUCGCAGUCUGGAGGAAUAUGUGCUGGCUUGUCAGCAGCAAGGAGUCAGCAUGGAUGGCUGGAGGCAACAGACAGACUGUGGUAUGUCAUGUCCUCCCAACAGCAAGUACAGCUCAUGCAUGUCUGCGUGUCCAGCAUCCUGCAACGACCUGACCAGCCCCUCUGAGUGUGAAUCACCCUGUGUUGAAGGCUGUGAAUGUCUCCCUGGUUAUGUUCUCAGUGGCUUUGACUGUGUGCCUUACAAACAGUGCGGCUGCACAUACCUUAACAAAUACUAUGAGAUUGGAGAAAUAUUCACCACUGAUGACUGCUCUCAGAAAUGCCAGUGCACAGAAAGCUCCACUGUUUUCUGCUUUGAUGAAGUGUGUGGGUCUGGAGAAAUCUGUGGCAUUUCAAACUACAGUCGUGGAUGCUACAGGAGUGGCCCAUGUAUGCCAAAUCCUUGUAAGAAUGAUGGCAUUUGCUCUGAAACGUCCAACAGCACCUCCCUCCACUUCUGUGAAUGUUCAGAACUCUACACAGGACCAAACUGUGAGGCUGAAAAAAUAGCUGAAGACCCUGCCACAGGGGAUUCGGACCACACCGUUGCCAUUGUCAUCGGAGUUGUGGCAGGUGUAGCUGUUCUGGUCAUUCUCAUCUCCUCUACAGUGUACCUGUUCAGAAGGAAGAGAAAGGCGGAUUCAGUUAUUGUAACGAGGGAUCCUUCUAUGAAAGGGUCCAGGGAUAAACUGGAUGCCAGAGUACGUGAGCAAGAUUAUGGCUGCAUCGUGAACCGUGCAUUUGAUCAAAAUGAAUCCCCAAAUACACACCUAUAGUUAACAAUAUUAUUCCUAUUAAUUUGUCAUACUUUUAGUCUGUAUUUUAAUCAUAUUUGUAAUAUUUUGAGAAGAAAUAAUAAUAAAUUUAUCAUUGCAAACCUU